AUGGAAGAAAUCGAUCGCCAGUCUAGCCUAGGCUUCAACACUGCUGUUGAGCUCCACAAACAACACGAAUUCGAUGAUUGUAUUAAGGCACUGCGCAACUUACUCGCCGAUGACGCUAUCCCUAGAUACCACCGCAUUAAAUGCCUCGCAUUGCUUGCAUGCCUCCUAGAUGACUGGAAUGAGGGAUACUCCUGUUACAUCAAGGCUGAAACCAUCUGGCGUAUUGCGAAGCAAUGGCAUCAUGACGAAACAAAUCCGGUCAUAAUCAAGUAUGCUCUAUACAUUUUGAAGAAAGGAACUAAAUUGCAUACGUUGAGGCAAAUCUUAUUCGAAGACGAUGAACGACCUGAGGACGCCCCAGAUCCUGAGGCAGAUGUGCUUCAUGCGAUAGCAGUAUAUACCGGGGUGGGAGGGGAUCGCGAGAUUGCCGAGGUAAAAGAAGAGACGUGGUCAGAGGAGAUGAGCGAUGAAGACGUGGGCGAUGAGGACAUGGGCGACGAAGACAUGAGCGAUGAAGAGGAAGUGGGCGACAAGGAACCGAUGUUCGAGGUUGAGCAGAAAGUGGGCGGCAAGGAGGAGAGCGAGGCCCAGAAUGUUGAUGCUAAAGAGACAGUAGUAGAGAGAUAA